GCCCAAUAUGUGGCCAGUCGCGGAAUUCAAGUUGCUCCUCGUUGGCGAUAGCGGCGUCGGCAAGUCGGCCCUCCUACAGCGCCACUUGACGGGCAAGUUCAAGGAGGCGUACACCGCCACGCCCAAUACCGAGGCCCACACGCUCCGAUUCGAGACCAUCUUUGGACCGCUCCGGCUCAACUGCUCGGACAUUGCCGGUCAGAGCUAUCGCGACAGCUCGUACCUCGGCGCGCAUGGCGCCAUCAUCAUGUUUGACGUCACGUCGCGCCUCUCGUACCAGAACGUGCCCAACUGGCGCCUCGACGUUGUCCGCGUCUGCGAAGACAUCCCAAUCGUCCUCUGUGGCAACAAGGUCGACGAUGUCCAGCACCGCGAUGUCAAGCCCAAGCAAAUCACUUUCCACCGACAGAAGAACCUUCAGUACUAUGACAUUUCCGUCAAGGCCAACUACCAACUCGAGAAACCUUUUUGUCAUCUCGUGCGCAAAAUCGUUGGCGAUGACACCGUGACCUUUGUGAACGCGAUUGCGAUCGCACCCCCAGCGCUCGAGUUGGACGUCACGAUGCUGGCCCGGCUCGAGGUCGACUAUGUGGCAGCCAUGAGCGCGCCACUGCCCGAGGUCGACGACGAGGACAUGAUCUAAUGCCUUGUGCAUUUGUCGCGCUGUACUGCUCUCCGAGUACUAGCUUAGCAAACUCCAUAAUAGUGAAGUGUAUCAGUCUAUCAA